AUGACUGCAGUUUUGGAUCCCUUCGAGCCUUUUUCCUCAGAGCUUCGCGUCAUCAGGCGGCUGAACUCCAGUUUGCACCGAGAUGGUGGGAGAGAUAGACCGAAAACUGGACACGUAGGCUCCCUUAGACUUCAGCCCCCCGCUGAGCGCGUCACCCUGGCUCCUUUGCGAGAUGAUGUCCCCCUGUUGGACCCCUGCUGUGGUCAGCUGAGUGCUGGAGCUGAGGUAGUCCUGGGCCUCAAAGGUCGAAAGAAAUUCAUAGAUUUUGAUCAUGUCCCCUCUGCUCUGUGGGUCCCUCCCGGUUUCAGAGAGAGGCCUCAAACAACCCCAAACCUCUCAGUGGUAUGUGUAGACCUGAGCGAGGACAAGGCCUGGAACUCCAGGAGGAUCCCCCAUGCGGCUCUGAGAGCAAGACUGAGUGGUUCAAGUGAUCCUGUUAAAAUGCAACCUCACUCACUGAGGACACCAACAACAGUGACGAUCAGUAACAAUCUACCUGAUACACAUCCUGGAAAUCAGGAUCCAGGAGUCGGGCCAGAUAUCUCACCGGCAGUUCGACACUUCAGAUACACUUCUGCAACACAGAGGAGUUAUGAGGACGCUGGAUGGAUUGCAAAGGUACCGCGGCACUUGAAGGCACCAGAAGCAACCCUGGAGAAACUGGCAGACCCAGUGAGUGAGCGUGCCUCACUGAGGCGCUACAACAGCCGACCUCAGCUGUGGCAGUCUGUAGGAGCUGAGUGGAACAGGCAACAGCUUCAACUGAGGCAUGAUGCCAAGAAACCAAUAUCUUUCUGCAGUACUUAUCCAAGAUCAGGUCAGAUCCCUCUGUACACUGGCACCGUCGGCUCUGAGAACAUGGAUAACAUUGACAACAUGGAUGAAGACUUCCACCCACUGACAGUAAAGAGGAGCGUCGUUCCUCCAUACAUGCCGACAGCACGCCGAACCACCAUCCCUGGCUACACAGGCAUGGCUGCCUAUGCUGACUCUGCUGCUCCUGCAACUUCUGAAAGCUCAUCUGGUGACCGCUGUGGCUCCCUGCAACCCCUUCAUGAGACCUGUGCUUCCUGUCUGGUGCACGAGCGCCACAGCAAGACUUUAGACAAAUGA